UAAAGGGAACGAGCAAGGGCCAAGGGGCCGCUUCAAGGUCAACUCAAUUCUACUACUACUACUUCACCUCUUGCGGUAUUGAUAAUCAAGUACGAUAGUGGCAAAAUAGGUAUUACGGUUAUUAAGUACGUACUUAAUUGAGAACCAGGUAAUUGACGCCAGUUUCAACUGUCUUGAUAGGGUUACUAAGUAUAACUACCUUUGCAAUGUCAAAACCGAAGGUUCUAAUAACUCGUGCAGAUAUUCCCAAGAAGGCUCUUGAUAUGCUGAGUGAAAAAUGUGAACUGGAAAUGUGGCCAAAGAACUUUCCAAUGCCUCGUGAUGAAUUGCUUAAGAAGGUUUCAGGAAAAGAUGCUCUAUUUUGUCUCCUCACCGACAAGAUUGAUAAAGAACUUUUAGAUACAGCAGGUCCAAACCUAAAAAUCAUUGGUACUAUGUCAGUUGGCCAUGAUCACUUAGAUUUAUCUGAAAUAAAAAGUCGUGGAAUAAAGGUUGGAUAUACACCAGGUGUCUUAACAGAUGCAACAGCAGAACUUACUGUUGCUCUAUUACUGGCAACAAGUAGACGAUUGUUUGAAGCUCAUGGCGAAUUGCUCAAUGGUGGUUGGGGAAAAUGUGCUUGGUCACCGCUGUGGAUGAAUGGAUGGGGACUUAGUGGAUCCACAGUAGGAGUAUUUGGCUUUGGAAGAAUAGGACAAGCUGUCGUAAGACGUCUCCUAGGGUUUGGUGUUAAGAGAUUCAUUUAUACAAGUCGUUCUCCUAAGAAGGAAGGUAAUGAACUUGGUGCAUCACAUGUGUCCUUUGAUGAGCUGUUGAAGGAAUCAGACUUCAUAAUAAUAACAUGUGCUCUUACUGAUGAAACUCGGGAAAUUUUCAAUGAAGAUGCUUUUGCAAAAAUGAAGAACUCUUCUAUUAUUGUAAAUACUGCUCGUGGAGGGGUGAUAAAACAAGAUGCUCUUAUUAAAGCACUGAAGACUGGUCAGAUUAGAGCAGCUGGACUAGAUGUUAUGACACCAGAACCACUUCCUACAGAUCAUGAGCUGAUUAACACUCCUAAUUGUACCAUAAUUCCACACAUUGGCAGUGCUGAAGUUACCACAAGAGAAGGAAUGGCUACUCUUACAGCUGCUAACAUUAUUGCUGGACUAGAAAACAAACCUAUGCCAGAAAACCUUUGUUGAUUCUUGUUGAAAGUAUUUAAAUAUAGUUUUUAUUAUUGUUCAAGUGACUACACACUUGGUGUUCUUUGAGAAUUUUUGUUUACUGCAAAUUGUCGUACAAUUUCUAAGAUUGUCAUGUGUUUUUAUUUGUGGAGGACUUAAAAGUGGCUGAGCUAAAUCUAAAUUUUAAUAUGAAUAUUUGAUUUUAUAUUUUUCUGUAAUUUCCAGAUUGGUAAUUAUUCAAAAUCCUGAUUGUAGAUGAGGUUUUGAGGCACAGCCCUAGGACCUUUGUGGAAUCACUAUUGGCUCUAUAUCAUCUAGAAAAUAUUCAAGUGCAUGCUUCAGUAUGGGGUCUUUGUUACUUAUCAGAAACCAGAACCCCUAAGCAUCUUUAAGUAGCUAAUGAAUUCCAGAUUGUUGAAGGCAUUUUGCUUUUUAAGGAUUUUUUCUUGGAUUGUGGGAUUUCAUCUCAAGUUGUAUUGUGAAAGUGUAAGAAGACUGUAGUCAAUUCCAAUGAGUCUGGCAGCCAAGUGAUUCCAAGCAUCUGAUGAUUGCAUACAAACAUUGGUCUGUAUUGUUAUUUCAUUGGCCAAAUAUUUGGGCAGCAGUGACAAAUACACGUACAUAUUGUCAAUUAUAGUUGUUUUAGUUUUAAAGACAAUACAUAGUUGAGUUUUAAUUUUAUUACUGUUCCAGAUAGUUUUUUUUUUUUAAUUCAUUUCACAAUAUUUUUUUUUAUUUACUUCUGGAAAUGUAACUUCAAGUGUAUGAUCUGCUUUCUUCUUAUUGCCUCCAUAUUCUGCCAUUCAAAUGAUACCAGCUCUUUCUUAUGGUAAUAUAUACUGAGUCUGACACAUUUAUAAUCAGUUGGCUGCAAGGGUAUGAUAGAGUUUAUUAAUUAUUGUUGUGUUUGAGUUGGCCAUCAUCAUAAUGGCACAAUCUCUUGCUCCUAAAGUAGCCCGUAUCAGUUAACAAGAGGAUCUGUUCCUAGUUCUUUUGGAUUUCCUUUUUUCAGUCUUGUUACCAGUGUUGUUUACACUGGAUUCAUUUCAUCCCCCUUGCAUAUUUUGUCUUCUUGUGGAAAAGUCAUAUUCCAGUCUUCUACCCCCACAUUUUGGUUUUCCUUUUGUAUGAGGUGAUUUUUUUUUAUUUUUACUUGUGUAAUUCAAACUGUUUCUAAUUUGUGGGGCUCAAAUGUGGCAUACUGAUGAUCAGUUUGGUGUAACCAAUGGUGGUGAUACUUCCAUUAACUGCACAAGACAAUAAGAUGGAGGGAUGCUUUGGAACUGAGAACAACCUAACCAGUUAGUUACCAGGACUUUAUGUAGUACUUUCAUGGCUUUUUCACUGAUAUUUCUUUCAGAUUUCUUCUGGCUGUAAAUACCAUAAAUAAGUCUCAGAACAUGAGCAAAAUAUAUACAAAAAAAGCUUUCAGAAUGAGUGGUCUUUACUUUUUCAUAAAAGUUUUUGGUUCAUUCUAGGUCAAACUUUUAUUUUGUCAGAAAUUUGUUUUCUGCACAAGUCAAUGUAGAGGCUACAUCAUAAUGUUACUGCAAUAAUUUUUUAGCAAGCCAAGAGUGAUACACAAAUUUAGUAAGUCAUCAUACAUGGCAGUGAUAUUGUUCAAAUCCUUUUUUCAUGCAUGUUAAUCUAAUUUAUGGGAGGUAUUUUCUUCAUUUUGGGUUUUUCAUGUGUUAAUUGUCUAGUCCUUAGGUUUCAUUAGCUUGAAGGCCAUUUCUGUGGUUUGGUGUUCUGUGAUUCCAUUUCUUUGGUUUGGUAUUCUUUAAUUAAGAGAUUGUGUCAUUUUGAAUUGGCUUCCAUUUCUAUAAGUUAUGUCCAGUUCUGAAGGUUAUGCUUUUUACAGUUUGUUUUUCCUACACUGUAUUGUGGAGAAUGGGGCCAGUCCACUGAGAGCCAAGUAAAUUAUAUUGGUAGUCUGUUUAAACUAAAUAAUAAGAAUAAAGUUGAGAUUAGGGAUAAUGAUCGCCUGUGGAAUUCAGUCGACACAUUAUAUAUUGAAAUGAUUGCUAUGCUGCACGUGAAUAUGUUGGCUGAUGAUAAUCUACAUGUACUAAAAAGACUAUACAUAUAGAAUUUAUAGUUUACAUGUAUUCCACUGAAACUCUUGUUCCUGAAACUUGCUGAGACAGAUCCUUGACUGGACUUGAUGCAUCAAAUAAUUUAGGUGGUUGCAAAUUAAGGUUCAGCCAUCAUUGUAAUAUUGCAAGUGGUAAUUGAGUUGGUGAAUUUGAGGAAAAUUUGUCUCUAAAAGGUAUAAGAAAUUACUGAAUGUAUUCAGUAACUACCUAUGCAGUAACAUAUGUACACUGUUGUGCAGUAACUUCUUGUAAGUUUCAUUUAAAAACCAAUCUGUGAUAAAGAUUACUAGUGAAUAAACUUAACGUGUGGUCACACUUCAAAAGAAAUGAUACUUUGCUAUAUCAAAUUGUACUCUGUUGGGAAGAAUCGUGGCUUGUAAAAUGUGUAAAUCAUGGCAUAUAAAAUGUGUAAGAAAGUUCAUUUGCAGCACAGUAAAUUUGUACAAUUUUUAA